CGCUGCGAUUGGCUAAUGUCAUGCUGGUAUAAAUCCACCUCUGUAGUUUUGGUCGGUCCUUUUUUUGUGUUUGUUCUCCCCUCCACGCCAGGCUGCAGCUUCUCCGAGUCCGGUCUUCAGAGUAUAGCUUCGACUUCUUCGGUUAUGGCUGACCAGGCUUUUGUGACGUUGGCUACCAAUGACGGCUAUGCUCGGGGAGCCAUGGUUUUGGGAAAGUCCCUCCGCAACCAUAAGACGUCCAAGAAGCUGGUGGCACUCAUUGGUCCACAAAUGUCCGAGCCUUGCCAGGCCGUGCUGAAGAGAAUCUACGACGAAGUGAAGGUGGUGGAUGUGCUGGACAGCGGAGACGUGGCACACCUGGCCAUGAUGAAGAGGCCAGACCUGGGCGUCACCUUCACCAAACUACACUGCUGGACUCUGACACAUUACUCCAAAUGUGUUUUCAUGGACGCAGACACACUGGUGCUAUCAAAUAUAGACGAGUUGUUUGAACGAGAAGAAUUGUCCGCUGCUCCCGACCCCGGCUGGCCUGACUGUUUCAACUCUGGCGUGUUUGUUUUUCGGCCUUCUUUGGAGACUUAUGGCAAACUGCUCCAGUAUUGUACAGAACACGGCAGCUUUGAUGGAGGAGACCAAGGUGUUUUGAAUGGCUUCUUCAGCAACUGGGCAACAGCUGAUAUAUCAAAACACCUCCCAUUCAUCUACAACCUCAGCAGUAUAGCCAUCUACACUUACCUUCCAGCAUUCAAGCAAUUUGGUGGCAAUGCAAAGGUGGUCCAUUUCCUGGGGAAGACCAAGCCAUGGAGUUACACAUAUGACACCAAAUCCAAACAAUUCAAAGGAAGUAUGAAUGAGGCCUCUGCACAUCCCACGUUCCUCCUGAACUGGUGGACCCUGUUCUCCAGCGCUGUGGUGCCCAUGCUGCAGGAGCAAUAUGGAGACCAGCCCUUCCACUCCGGCUGUGUGGAGGAUGAGAGCAGUACUUCACUUGCAGAAGCGACCGAACCCCAGAUGUCCUCAGAAGAACGGAAGAAGAAAUGGGAGCAAGGCCAGGCAGACUACAUGGGAAUGGACUCAUUUGACAAUAUCAAGAGAAAGCUUGAUACUUUUCUCAAAUAAAGAGGCAAUGAAGUGGGAUAUCAAAAGAGCAUGUGCAGUUUCUCACAUAAGCAAUCAAGAGGGAUUUGAAAACAACAAACUUCCCACAGGCCUCUGCUUGUAUCUCUCUUAGCUGUUGCACUAGACAUGAGAUUCGUCUGCCCCUUCACCAGCAGUCAAAUGUUCUGAACAGCUUUAAUUGUCUAUGCAAGUCAUAACUCAGUUUUACCCAGCCACAGGUAUCUGUUCUGCUACACUGAAGAAUCAGGAAAGAUUUUUGAUAACAUAAAUUCACACUUUUUAAAGAUAUUUGCAAUAUAGACUUUUCAUAAUUUUUCCUUUACAUGCCAAGGCUGGUUUUGUUACGUUGUGGCCAAGAUUGGCAGUCACAACUACUUUCAUUUCUCUUUUCUUUUUUUUUUUCUUUUUUUUUUACUAUGCAAUCUUUAGAGAAUGUAGUUUCUUUUCCAGUUUAUUUAUUGUGCUUUUGAAUUUGGUAAACUGCCUCGGUUUUAACAGACCUGAAACAUGUUUACAGCACAUUAUGGUAAUUUUGCCAUACACUAAACUUCUUAGUGCUUUCUCACUCUCUAUUGCCAUCACUCUCUCUGUUCUCGACCAGCUGCUGUGUAGGACAUUAGGUUUGAACUUUGUUUUGUACUUGACCAGAAUGUUUUCUCUACCCAAAGUCUUUAAUUUGGAACUAUUAAAAUAACAUUACACAUUU